AUGGCAAAGAUCUAUGCCCCAGAUAUCGACAUGGUCAUCGAGGAAACAAGAAGGACACCAUUUACAAAAAAAGUUGCCAGCGUGAGGCUGAAUCAUGUUGGGAAAUUAAAAUUCCCCGAAAACGCAGGAAACACAGACCCAAAGGUCCACAUACGAGCCUUCCGUCUAGCAAUAUCAAGAGAACACCUCACCGACGACGAAAAGGAGGCCGUACUCAGUCUUCAUAGAAACAAGAGUUACCGAGGCAGAUCUUUGGAAUCUCAAGCAAGCGCCUUUCGAGCCAUUGAGGCGUACAUAAACAAGUUCCGAGAAAUCAAAGCCAAGAUUUCGCAUCCAAACAAAGUCGUCGCUUUGGCAGCAUUGAAAAAUGGCGUUUGGUUCUCAUCCAAAUUCAGGGAAGAACUCGCAAUACGAGCACAUAUCUCGUUGGAUGAUUCCUUACAUCGAGCCUCUCACUUCGCCACCCACGAAGAAGAGGUCACGGCCUUAAAGGAGCAGUAUAGCGCGAACAAGAAUAAUGCAGCCAAAAAUCCAACCGCUCAUAAAGAACCAGCGACCAAAGGGCAACAUUCCUACGCAAUAAACAACUCACCGCAAAAAUCUUCAACAUACGACCUCAGCAAAUAUUGCGCUUUUCAUGACCGCAAAGGUCACUCGACUGAAGAAUGUCUAGCGGCCCUUCGUAGUCAGAACAAAAAUAAAAAAACCAUCGAAGAAACCGGAGAGGAAGAGGAAGAGCCAGUGACUCCAAAACCAAACCAAAAAUCCAAAGUCUCGACGAAUAAAAGAGGAAGGAAAACCGAGCCGGAGUCACCAAGCUCCCCACCACCAGCUUCGAAGAAAAGAGUCAACAUGAUUUCGUGGGGGCCAAACAGCAACACAACCGACGAAAUCAAGAACCAAACCGAAGGAUAUGCAUCGAGGUCACGGUAG